GCACGAGCACGACCCCCAGCAGGAAAACACAUCACCAAUUGUCCAACAUCGCUUCGAAGCAGCCGCCCCGGAGCCUGGCACAACCAUACGAGUCUCAUCUAUCUACCGUUGGGGACAUCUCGGGCGCCAUCUUCGACCCUCCUAUAGGCACCAUUCACGAAAACGCUGCAGCCGCGCGCAGUUACCAUCACUCAGACCGGCUUGGACCUCAAUCUUCACGACAAAGCCUCUAAAUUCCACGACGGCGUACACAACAACGAGCCGCUACGCAAAAUGCAGCGCCCUAGCUUCGGCCAGUCGCCUCCGCUGCACCAUCCUGUGCCUCAGCAUGUCUCGACCGUCCCGCAGCUGAGGUCGCCGCCACCCCUGACGUCCUCUCAACCACAACACCAGGGGGCUGCGACCUACAGCAACCCUUACCAGCAAGGCCCGGCACCGGGGGCUGGCGGCAAUGCCUUUGGCGCAUACGGCAACUUUAUGAGCGAUCCUGCUGCCCAGUUUGGUGUCCAGCUCGGUCAGAACGCCUUUGAGGCUGCACAGAAGCAUUUCGAGUCGAAUGCGAACCGGUGGAUCAACUUCGCCGCGCUCAAGCACUACUUCAACGUCUCCAACAGCUACGUCGUCAACAAACUCGCGCUCGUCUUGUUCCCCUGGCGGCAUAAGCCUUGGUCUCGGAAGCAGACGGCCGGUCCCAACGGCCAGGAAGGCUGGUACCUUCCGCCGAGGGACGACAUUAACAGCCCAGACAUGUACAUUCCAGUGAUGGCUCUCGUCACUUACAUCCUGCUCUCUACGCUCCUGGCUGGCCUCCAGGGACAGUUCCAGCCGGAACUGCUUGGGUACAAUGCCUCGAAAGCUGGAGUUGUCAUAAUACUGGAACUCAUGUUCCUCAAGCUCGGAUCGUACUUCCUAAACAUCUCCAGCGAGUCACAGCUUCUGGACUUGGUUGCGUACUCGGGCUACAAGUUCGUGGGCGUCAUCAUGACGAUGAUCGUGGCCGAGCUCGUCAACAGAGGCCGUGGCCAUGGAGGCUGGGUCGGCUGGACCAUGUUCUUCUACUGCUACCUUGCAAACUCUUUUUUUCUGAUGCGGUCGCUGCGAUAUGUACUCCUGCCGGAGAACUCCGGAGACCCCCGGGGCUCCAUGCAGACUAACACGAGGACAAAGCGGAACCAGCGGACGCAGUUCUUGUUCUUCUAUGCCUAUGUUAUCCAGCUGGGGUUCAUGUGGAUAUUGAGCUGAAGGACUGAUACUUCAGUGAUUAUCUACCAAGACAGAACGACUUUGGGUGGCAUCCCUACAGUUGUUACGCCGACGAGAGGCAUACUGCACCUUCUGCGGAAGGGUCAUUGUGAGCUAGCGGCACAACGAUGCAUGACUUUCAAUUGUGCUGCAAGUCCGUGCUCGCUCAAUGCUGCGGUAUUGCGUUCUCCGUUGUAGAGUUCCGGCAGCGACUUCCCAGACUUGACGCACAAUUUAUUGAAUCGGCCUGGAGACAAGUUCAUGCCGAGCCACGAACGAAAUGAGCGCCCUUAGCUGCAAGGCGUUCUGGUGCACAAUUAUGAAGAUACGAUCAAGGUGUGAUGAACGAGGACAGUCA